CUCCCCGCUCCCGCCUCCGCAGCUUUCUACAGCGCAGGGGCCCGACUCAGUUCUGUUGUGGGGGCCGCGCGGGCCUUCUGUGUCUGGGAUGGCAAGCCGCGGUGGCGCCACAGGCGGAGCCAGGCCGCGUCGUGGGGGCGAGGCGGGCAGGGAGGGCCACGAGACGGUCAUGUGGAAGGCCACGUUCAUCGAGGUGGGCGACGCCGAGCCUAAGGGAUCGCUCAGUCCCCGGCCCUCCAGCGAGCCCUGCAGCGAGUCGUCGUCCUACCGCGUCGCGUUCUUCGACGCCGACCGCAUGCGCGCUGCCGCGCUCUCGAGGCGCAUGGGCGAGGCCUGGGCCUCGAACAGCCGGGAAACGAUGCGGAAGCUCCUGUCCGCCGACCCGAGUAUCGAUUCCGUGGGCGAGACCCAGGGAGAAGAAGAAGACAGUCCAGUACGUCAGUGCAGUACGUCCAGUACGUGCGAAGCUGUCCAGUACGUCAGCGAAGCAUGCAGUGGCUCGACUGCGGUCGGCUUGAGCAGUCUUUCGGAUAGCGGCAGUUCUGACUCGGCUUCUGCUUGCGAGACCAGGUCCACGGCGACGCCACGUUACGACCUCGCCACGGUUCCCGCGAGACAGCGUCGUGGGGGCGAGGCGGGCAGGGAGGGCCACGAGAAGGUCAUGUGGAAGGCCACGUUCAUCGAGGUGGGCGACGACGAGCCUAAGGGAUCGCUCAGUCCUCGGCCCUCCAGCGAGCCCUGCAGCGAGUCGUCUUCCUACCGCGUCGCGUUCUUCGACGCCGACCGCAUGCGCGCUGCCGCGCUGUCGAGGCGCAUGGAAGAGGCCUGGGCCUCGAACAGCCGGGAGACGAUGAGGAACAGCCUGGAAAAGCGUCGCAUGUCUGCAGCCGCGGAUACCAUCCACCUCCUGCCUGAGCAGCUGAGCAGCGUGGUGCAGAUCAAGGCCGAGAGCCUCGCCGACAGUGUGAAGCUCGACCUGUCGUUGGUGCAGAAGGCCAUUCGCCGCAGCGGCGGGGACGGCGACGUUGUCGAUGUGGCCGUGGAUCAGCUGGACAAGAUCCCGGAGAUCAUCAGGAGCUCCUUCGACUCGAAGAUAUUGGAAGCGAACGUGGCGAUACGGAUGAAGCUGAGCGCCAUCAUGCAGACGUUAAAGAGCCUUUCCCCUGAGAGUCAAGAAGUGCAGCUGUGGAGCAUUCCAGAAGAGCUCGAGCAGAUCACCGGGGAGGCGGUUGAUCAGGCCGUGCAGGAGUCCAAGCGGAAGGCGGCCAGUUGUUGCGACCACGUCUUGCGGAGCUUGCCAGAGGACGCGGGGUUCAGCCGCCGGGCGCUGAAAGAAGCCAAGUCUCAGAUCGUGGAGUCGGUGCCCGAGAUGUACUCGCAGACGAUGCGGGCCUUGAGGAGCACGACUAACGCGAACGUCAGGCACGCUGUUGCUUGCAUGGACGACCUCAAGCAAGUGCCUGUCACGAACCACUUGGUCGCUGACGUGCUUCUGAGGGCGAAGAUGAGUACCCUGCCGCAGACGGACGGCGCGUCCUUGAUCAGCCCAGCCAGUACUCCGCCAGCAGCAUGCUACUGCGUGAAAGACGGCGGCGCCGACGGCGCUUCGACGAACCACCACAGUCAGGUUCAGGCCAGCCUCGCCCCCCACGCCGAGUGCACCCACCAUUCCAAUCCUGGGAGCCUGGGACACCCCGAGAUGUGCGUCCGGCCGUGCCUGUACUUCGCGCGGGGCCAGUGCACGAGCGGCGACGGGUGCAGAUUCUGCCACUGCCCGCACCCGGCUCGACCCGUGCACCUCGGGAGGUCGCACAGGAGAGCCAUGGAGGCGACGACAAUGGCCGAGUGCUUCGGCAUCCUGCUGCCCGUCCUCGAGAGGAAAAUGCUGGCGCUGCGCUUGUCCACAGGCACUCUCCAGUUGCUGGCUGACCAGCAGUGCGCCGGGCCUUGUGCGGCCCCCGUCGACGCUGGCAGCCGGGCCAAGCCUCGGGAGCUGCGAACUUUGGGGAAGGCUUUUGGGGCCCUGUCCAUGCGGUCGCUGCUGGUGGUGCUGCAGAAGAAGGUAGGGGCGCAGAACUCGCGCGAGAAGGUCUUGCUGGACGCGCUGAUGCUGGAGGUGCGCGAGGCGGGCUUUCUCGUCGACCUCGGGGAGGAGGUCCAGGAGGACGCUUGAGUCCGGCUAGCUCCUCCAGAUUCUUUUCCUCCUGCUCCCAGCAGCGCUGGGUGAGGCGGCCCCAGCAGGCCCGGAACUGAGCGUAGCCCCGCAGCAGUGAGAUAUCGCUGGCCUCCUGUCACUGCGGCCAGGUUGCGUUCGCGCCGCGUCACUUUUGUUUCAACGUCGCAGGGCUGUCGAGCUCUCGCUCCUGUCCUGAUUGCGACACCCUGACUGCUUCGGUCUUCAACCACGCGUGGCUGACAGCAAUUUGUCUCCAACCUCAGCGCCUGCGCGGCCGCCGCGGCGGUCAGUCGAUCGAUCGAUCGAUCAAUCAGUCGAACAUUCGACCAUGGAACCUAGCUCGAGCGAAUACAAGCUAGCUGCUACUGAUUUUUCAAAGGCCGCGCAGGUGAAGUGAACUCUCGGCUCUGCUACAUUCGAGUCAGACUUUUUUAUGAUUCGAGUCGCUAACUUUAUCAACAUAUUCUGGCGGCUGAUCCUUCGGUCAGGCUCCAUGCGUUCCGUGCAUCAGUCGCUGACUGCCCAAGGGCAGAGACAUGCACAGUACUCAGACGUUUGAUCUUGCGGUCAGGCCCAAUCCCUGCAUUUCGGAACAAGCGUUCCGCGUGGCUGUCGCUGACUGCCAAAAGGCAGAGACAUGGGACAUCGCAUAGGGUAUUGUCAAUUUUUGGACACGCUUGUGUCCUGAAACGCCGAGCGAAAGUGCAGCAGCGCGAAUGGACUGUAUUUUCUCCCAGCUGUUGGGGAAAUCGCAAACAG